AUGGGGCAGAAGUGCAUGGACAAGCUGUCCUCCUUCCUCUUCGAGUAUGACACCCCUCGGAUGGUGCUGGUGAGGAACAAGAAGGUGGGACUGACCUUCAGGCUGAUCCAGCUCAUCGUCCUGGCGUACAUCAUCGGGUGGGUGUUCCUCUACGAGAAGGGCUACCAGUCCCAGGACAGCAUUGUCAGCUCGGUCUCCGUGAAGUUGAAAGGGCUGACAUUGACCAACGAGAGUGUCCUGGGUCCUCACAUCUGGGAUGUGGUGGAUUAUGUUUUCCCACCCCAGGGGGACAACUCGUUUGUGGUGAUGACCAACUUCAUUGUCACUCCUGGACAGAAACAAGGAACCUGCCCAGAGCUGCCAGAUGCCGGGCUGUGCACACAGGACAGCGACUGCAGCAAAGGGAAAUACAGCCGGCAGGGACAAGGGCUCAUGACCGGCAAGUGUGUGCACUUCAACGGCACUGUGAAGACCUGUGAGAUCUUUGGCUGGUGCCCUGUUGAAGUUGAUUACCAUGUUCCCAGCCCUGCCCUGCUGUCAGAAGCAGAGAAGUUCACCUUGUUCAUCAAGAACAGCAUCACCUUCCCCAAGUUCAAGGUAUCCAGGCGCAACUUGGUUGAGAGUGUUACUAAGCAGUACCUGAAGAAAUGCACCUAUCACAAAGUCACCGAUUCCUUGUGUCCUGUGUUUGAACUGGGAUACAUAGUGAAGGAAUCGGGUCAGAAUUUUACCUUCCUGGCUGUUAAGGGUGGAGUGGUGGGCAUCACCAUAGACUGGAACUGUGACCUCGACUGGCCCCUGCGCUACUGCAAACCCAUUUACCAGUUCCAUGGCCUGUACAACGAUGACAGCAAUGUUUCACCAGGGUUCAACUUCAGAUAUGCCAAAUACUACAGAGAAGAUGGGAUGGAAAAGAGGACACUCUACAAGGUGUUUGGGAUCCGGCUCGACAUUCUGGUGAAUGGCAAGGCAGGCAAAUUUGACAUCAUCCCGACCAUGACCACAAUUGGCUCUGGAAUUGGUAUUUUUGGAGUGGCCUCUGUCCUCUGUGACCUGCUCCUGCUGCAUUUUCUCCAUGGACGAGACUAUUACAAGCAGAAGAAAUUCAAAUAUGCAGAACCGGAGCCUUCAAAGUCGCAUAAGAAGGUAAAGGAGCCAGACAACACACAGUGAGAGAAUCCACACUGACUGACAAACCUGCACCUUCCUCCUCCUCCUCUUCUGCUACAACACGGUGGC